AUGAGCUCCUCGCAGAGGAAAUGCGGCGACGACGCCGGCGACUCCAGCGCCGGUGACGCCCCUGCCCUGGGCUCGCCGGCGGCGCCGGCCACGGUGGUCGCGGGCGCCACAUCACCCCUGCCUGCGGCGCAGCACCCCGGCAACCUGGCGCUCGGCAUCGAGCCCAUUCACGCUGAUCAGCUGGUCGUCAUCGGCAAUAGCGAGCUGCCAGGGCUGAAAGCUGAACAGUCAUUGGCGGCACCCAUUGCACGAGUGACGCCGCAAGCGGUGCCGCCGGAUCAACCAAAGCAGGAGCAGCAGCAACAGCAGGGGGAGCUGCCCCCAGGGCAAUCCUCUCAGCCACCACCUCAGCAGCAGCAGCAGCAGCAGCAGCAGGAGCAGGAGCAGGGGCAGAGGCAGCAGCAGCCCCUAGCGCCUUCGCCGGCAGUCCAGCAGCACCCACAGCAGCACCAUGCUUCCGGACAGCAGCAGCAGCUGCAGUGUGACCCCGUGCCGCCCCAGGCAACCCCAUACUUCACCCUUUCCCGCGCCGUCGCAAAGCGCGGCCGCGGGCGCGGCGGCGGCGGCUGCGUUGGGCCGCGCCUAAGCCUGGCGGCCGAAUUCGAGUCCGGGCUCGCGGCGAUGACGUCAGCAGCCGGGCAGCCCGGCGUCGCCGCGCCGGCCGCGGCCGGACCACCGG